AUUCCCAGUGGGCGGAGCAGCAGCGUCAGUGCGUACAAAGGGCAACUCUCGAAACAUAACAACCCUCACUGCUGCAGCCGCACACAAAUCAACAGCCUGCAGCUUCCAGGUCCGAUGGCGGGGAAGAAAGCGGUUCUGUUCAACUUCUGGGGCGUCGUUGUUCCGUCACGACCCACCGGUGUUUUCCACAAACUGGAGGAGCUGCACAGUCUGCCGCGAGGUUUUCUGUCCAAUGUGGCGUCUCAAAAUAAAGGAGCUUUGAUUCAGGCAGAAAAGGGCAAAAUGACUCUAAAUCAGAUGAUCCCGGCUUUUCAAGCUGAAUGUGCCAAACAAGCUGAGGUCAGAGGCCUGGCGCUGCCGUCUGAUUGGUGUGUCAGCUGUCUGCUGGAGGAGGUCAGAAAGGCCAUGAUGGACGUCCAAGAUAUUGUGCUGAAAACGUCUGCAAGUCUGCGUUACCACGGAGUACUGACCGCAGUCCUGGCCAAUCACUGGCUGGACGACAGCGCCUCCGGAGACGACCCGGCUCGGCUCCUCUGUCUCCUGGGUAGCAACUUUAACCUGGUCCUCCAGUCCUGCCAUUCAGGUCACAGAGUGCCAGAGUUCGCCAUGUUCAACUCUGCUUUGGACCAGCUGGGGAUCCCCUCACAGCAGGUGGGAGAUAUCCCUUUAAGAGAGACGCAACAGCUGAUUCCUGACCCAGGAGCUGAACCCAUCCAACCGUUUCAGGCUCUGUGGCUCGAUGUGGACGAGGAGAGUGUGAAGGCAGCAGAGACGGCAGGGAUGAAGGCCGUCCUGGUGGACAACCUGGAGGCUGCUCUGCACAAACUGUCCGACUUCACUGGAGUUCAGGCUGUUGGCGCAGAGAGUCCUCCCAUCGCCUGCAGCCCUGACCAGGUGUCUCAUGGACACGUCACCAUCAGACCUGGUGUUCGGACCCACUACGUGGAGAUGGGCUCCGGGCCGCCGGUUCUGCUGUGCCACGGCUUCCCAGAGAGCUGGUACUCCUGGCGGUACCAGAUUCCCGCUCUGGCUGCCGCCGGGUUCAGGGUCCUGGCUCUGGACAUGAAGGGAUACGGCGAAUCCACAGCACCCCCUGACAUUGAGGAAUAUUCCCAGGAGAAGCUUUGCAAGGAUCUAAUCUCCUUCAUGGACAAAAUGUCCAUACCACAGGUCACCCUUGUGGGUCACGACUGGGGCGGUGCCCUGGUUUGGACUAUGGCCCGGUAUUUUCCAGAGAGAAUCAGGGCGGUAGCGUCUCUGAAUACUCCCCUGUUCCCACCGGACCCUUCGAAACCGCCUUCAGAGAAACUAAAGGCUCUGCCCGCUUUUGACUACCAGAUUUACUUCCAGAAACCAGGAGUAGCCGAGGCCGAGCUGGAGAACGACUUGGAGAGAACAUUCAAGAUUUUCUUUUCCAGCAGCCGUGAAGCCGCAGGUCGUCCGGCUCUUAGCACAUCGGGGGUCUGCGCUCGAGGCGGGCUGUUUGUGGGUCUGCCACAGCAGAUUCCUCGCAGCUCAAUGCUAACUGAGGCCGACCUGCGCUACUACGUUGGUCAGUUCAGAGGGAGCGGCUUCAGGGGACCGCUGAACUGGUACCGAAACAACCAGGCCAACUGGAAGUGGAUGUGUUCACAGCCCACUGGGAAGAUUGCCAUGCCAGCGCUGAUGGUGACGGCAGAGAAAGACCCCGUCCUGCUGCCGGCGAUGUCUCACGGCAUGGAGGAUCUGGUCCCCAAUCUGAGCAGAGGACACAUCGAGGACUGUGGACACUGGACGCAGAUGGACAAACCGGCAGAGACCAACAACAUCCUGAUAUCGUGGCUGAGAGAGACGCACGGACCGGCAGGCGGAGGACCGGCAGGCGGCGAGCUGCUGGCGCCCAAACUGUGACGCAGGAACAUGACCAAAGUUGCAUUUCAGGUUUUACAACGGAGGGAAGUGUUAGGAAGGAAUGAGAACAGGAUGCAAACAAGUUUAAAGAAAAACAAGGAGAAAAUGGACGGAAGAAGAAGCAAAGAGAUUUAAAUGAAUAAAAACUAAAGAUUUGACAAUUAAAAACCAAAGUCUUCAUGAUUC